CACCCCAAAAGGUCAGUGUAUCGUGCUCAUUUCCAUACCCGCGCGUAGGCCACGGCCUCUCCCCGGGUUUUAUUUGUUCUAUUCCAUCGCUCACUUCGCUCUGCUCACUUUGCAAAACAGUGCGCGAAUUUGUUAUCGACCGAAAGGUAGCGUACGGUGGCAGUGAGGUGAAAAGGAAAGAAGGCAAGAAGAAACAAAAAGAAAAAAAAACACACACACAAUCCAAGUGUCAUUUUUGUUUGGUUUGCUGUUUUGUUGUUGUUGUUCUUUUCCUUCUUUCCUUGUUUUCCCUUUUCGUUGCGCGUACCUUGCACAUCUCCCUCCCCGCUCGGCGAAGACUCACGUUACACACAAGCCCGCAAUGAGAGCGCACGGUGACAAAAAUAAUGCGUGCAAGGUGGUUUUCCCACACCGCACGCGAACCAACUGCGAACCACAAUUGCACCAGGCGCAUGAGGAGAAGGGGGCAAAAGGUGGAGAAGAAAAGGGCACCACCGCCGCCGCGGUGCUCGAAUCCAGAGCAGAGUUGCUAAUAACACACCCGUCGCCUGCUCCCGUCGCGGGCGAUCGUGUCGCUGUGCGUGAGGUAGCGUUACCAAGCGUUACCCCGGUUACCCCGGUUUCCCGGUCAGGAGCGAGAGCGCGGUUUUGCGAAACCCGAUUUUGGCAUUACAGGCUGCCCAAAACCCCACGCGAUCGGGCGCGUUUGUGUGUUUGACCCUUUGCCGUUUGCAUGCUCCGCCACAUUCCACCUGUAUUAUUGUGCCAAUGCCAUUCCGAGUCCGAUUACCGUCCGUCAACCCUGUCGGUCCCGGUGCAAACCGUCGUCUAUCCGGCUUUGCACGAGUGUGUUAUUUAAUCGUAUCGUACACACCGGACGCCCUUUGGUGUGACUACGUGCGUAUGUGUACAGCGAUGCAAGUGUGUGUGUGUGUGUGUGCGUUGUGUGUUUUUGAUUGGAUAAACCAAACAGCGCAAAAGGGAUUUCGGAUCGAAUCGAAUUAUGCGUAUCAUGCGCUGAAAGGUGAUAACGUUUAGGGAGUACCUGUGCCCCAUGUCCUUGUUGUUUUGUUUUAUAAUCCAGAACCUAUAAGUGCUAGUUCUUCUUCAAUCUGUGGUUUUCACUUGUUUCUUUUUUUGUCUAUUGCCAACAACCGCGCCUCCGUUGUUGUCCCCGCGCGGUGCGUUCGCUCCAAACGCUUGUUUACUCUUUCUCUCGAUCGAUGCUCUCGCGUCCGUUCGCUCGCUCACUUUCGUUGUGGUUGUCUCCCUCUCUCUUUCCCGCUCUCUCUCUCUCUCUCUCUCUCUCUCUCUCUAUCUCGCUCUCUCUCUCUCUCUCUCUCUCGCUCUCUCUUUUCUUCGUUCUCGUUCAACUCCGCGCGCGCUCUUGUUUUUCGGUACGCGCGGCUCUCUACACACACGUUACGCAUCAUCCCCUGUGCCGAGGUGUGCUUUAGUGUAUUCCGGUCUCGCAUUCCGUGUGUGCGCUGUGUGCCUCGCAUCCGUACCGGGGCCGCCCCGUGUUGUUUUGUGCUCUCGCGCUUCGUGUUUGUGCGCUGUUGUGCUACUACCCAGCGGCGCGACCAGGAGUAGAAGGUGCAGUAUGCGCUGCUGACCGGGGUGGAAAAUAAAAAAAGAAUGGCAGCAGGCGGCGGCGGCGGCGGCAGUGCGCUGCUUCUUGACCAGGCAUACAUAGUAAUAUAAACAAGAAUGUUAAUGAUAUGUAAUGAUGGUUAGCAGCAUUCCGGUUUAGAUAAAAGAACCGACAGUGAAAUAACAACAAUAGAAAAGCAAUGUUUUUAGUGAUAUCGGUCCGCGCAUUGUCAGAAAAUUGGCUACCGGUGGUAGUGGUGUGAUCGGCGUAUUCGUACUGUGCAGUGUUGUAUCGUGCCGCUGUGAAAGAUUAAAAAGCAUCGAUUUGAAAUAUUUAUUAGGCGUGAAUCAUAAUCCCCCCCCCCCCCCUUGCCGCUCCGUCUGCAGUCCUCCCACGCCCGUCUGGUGUGUGUGUGUGCGCGCUCGUUCGGGUGGCAGGAAGGUUUCGGUUGCGUAUUGACACGGGCGGCCGCCCCAUUGUUUGCACGCAAAACCAGUUAUGCAUGCGUAGGUGGUUCCGCGCCGCGGCAGUGUGCACGAGGAGAAGGCCUCGAGAAUAACCACCAACACAUACAUAUAGCGCGGCGAAGUGUGCUUUGCCCACCGUUGUCGUGGCUGGCGUAGUGUGAUGUGGUGAUGCACACGGCGACCGCCACCACCAUCACCAACGACGUGUGUGCAUCGACGCCCUCGUCCCGGCGCCGGCAGUGUGUGAUGCAUUCGGCCCAUUGUUGGACGGCUUCGUCGCUGCCCGGUGGUGCUGGCUGUUGCAGUAGUAGUAGUGGUAGUAGUGGUGGUGGCAGUGGUGGUAGUGGUAGUAGCAGUGGCGGUAGUGGCGGCGGCGGUGGUGGAAGCGAUAGUGAGGGCGAUUGACCGGAAAACAUGCGAACCGUCAGAUACGAUCGUCGUAGGUCCGGAUCCGCUGCCGUUUUGGCUUGCAAACAACAGCAGUGAAACGCAAAUAACAAGAAGAAGAGCGGCAAGAAAGGCAGGAGGGUGCAGAAACAGAAAAGAACAAAACAACAACAAACAAACAACUCGACAGCAGCAGCAGCAACAACAACAACAGCUGGCGCAUCAAUCAAUAAACCGCUCACACACACUUACACAGUGUUUUUUUUCUGUGUGUGGUGCCGUGGAUAGAAAAGUUCUCUCGGUUUAUAGUGUUAUUAUUGUGAAGCAAAAGUAAUAAAAACAAAGGAAGCGUUCCUGCCCCCAAUGGGUAGCAAGCCCUGUAUUGUGUUGUGGUGGUGCAUCGACAGCAAGAACAGCAGCAGCCGUAUCAGCAGUUGCAGCAAGCGAAACCGCAACAGUUACAGCAGCAGUCGGCAUCCUCCGAGCUGCCUUUGCAAAAAUUAAAUACCACACAAAUGGUGAAGGAUUUUUUAUGGCGCUGCUCUCAUUUCGACUUAGUAUUCUGUUUACAAUAGGAUUGCUGUUGCUGAAUGGAUUCGUUUCCGAUUCGUCAGUGCUCGCAUUUGUCAACGAAGAAGGUCCGGAGCGGCUGCGGCUAAUAGCCGCACCCCCGUCGCACGUCAUCGUGACGGGCAGCCGCAGUGCGCCCGUCUAUCUGCCAUGCCAGGCGGAGCUUGGGCCGGACACGUCCGACGACAUACCGAACAGCAGCUACGGCGACGAGUAUCUGGACGAGCACAAUGAGGAGGACGAGGAGGAGGAGGAAGAUGAGGAGGGUUACGACGAGGACACCGACGAGAUGGAGGAUGACUUUCUGCCCCACACUUCUUCGCUGGUGACGAACAACGAUCUGACCAACGGCGACCAUCGCCAGCAGCAGCAGCAACAGCAGCAGGCGCAGCAGACCGGUCAGCAUUUUUCGCGCCAAUACAAAGACUACGACGACACGGAGGAGGAGGAGGAGCGUCGUCGGCGGCGGCGGCGAAAGCGAUAUGUGCACACGCAGCGGCGAGGGGGCGAAUAUUACGGGUCGCCGGGCAGCAUCUUUGAGUACGUGUGGUAUCGCAAUGGGCUGGAGUUUCUUACCACCUCCUUUCAGAACCAGAACCAGCGCCAGACGCAUAAAGGAUUCCGGCUGUUCGAGAACGGUACGCUGCGCAUCCUGUACAACCGGCAGAACGGAAACAUUGUGGCGGGCGUUUACCGGUGCAUGGCCACGCUUGUCAGCCAUCAGCAGCGGUACCAGGGCUCGAUCCUGUCCACCGAAAGUACCGUUUCGAUAGCGUAUCUUGAACGGGACAAUCAGAUAAAUUUCCCCAACAACACGAUCGUCGUGCGAGCGAACGAACCAACCGUCCUUCCCUGCCCGUUUCAAAGCUAUCCAGCAGCUAAUAUUACCUGGUCGAUGAACAAAACUGUGCUGCAGCUGCAUUCAAAUUUUGGCAACGCAAGGGACAGCAGAUUUUUUCUACUGCAAAAUGGCAGUCUGCUCAUCACGGACGUGCAACUGAUGGACAGUGGACGCUAUCGCUGCAACGCCACCAAUAAUUACGUCGCCAAAAAUGUGCGCAGCACCAGCUUCAAUCUUGCCGUGAUUAGUGCACCCCCAAGUAGCCUUACGGUGGAGAGAGGGAAACGUCUUCUGCCACCCCUUCAGCCGGUGCGCCUGUCGGUGCGUGCUGGCGAUACGCUUCGGCUACAUUGCGCCUGCUACUCGUGCAAACCGCAGUGGCUGUUCACGCCCCGGCAAAGCCAAAUCCCCAUACGGCUGGAAAACUUCACCCACCAAGUUGCGUUCGUGAACGUUUCGGUCGAGCGUCACGAGGGUACGUUCACCUGCCGAACGCCGGACGGCACCGAUCGGCAAGCGUUCAACGUGACCGUGCUGGUUGCGCCGGCAAUUGUCAGCAAAAUUGCCUCGUACACCUCCUCGGUAGUGGCGUCGAUGGCGUUCAACUGUACCGUCACGGGGAAUCCGAUGCCGGCCGCCAUCUGGUACAAGAAUGGGCGCGAACUUACCAGCAACUAUAUCGUGCACCACAACUAUCCGAUGCUGCAAAUCAACACGCUCGACCCGGAGGACGAAGGGCUGUACCAGUGUAUGGCGCGGAACGAGGCGGGCGAAGUUUCCGUCUCGUCCUACCUGACGAUCCGCGACCGUCAGAAGUAUCGGCAUAAGGCAAAGCGGCUCGAUGGCAUCCGGUGCUACCCGGUGGAUACGACCAGCCUGUACUUAACGUUUACCGUGCCACCGCACGUGAGCGCAAAUAUCGAGUAUGUAAUGUACUAUCUGGCCAGCGAUGAUCCGUUCCGGUGGUACAGCUCGCCUCCGACGCACCUGGCGGCCAAUGGAAGCCUGCGGAUCAGCGGCAAGAUGGUGGAACCGUUCCGGAACUAUACCGUGUUUUUGCGCGCCUGCUCGGUGAGCGACAUCUCCGGCACGGAGAAUAUGCGCGGCAACGGUGCACCCGGCAUGCAAAAAGUGAUCCCGUCCAGAUUGUCUCGGGGAAUUCGGUGCGCAUCGCAAGGAUACCCAAUUCUGUCGACCUUCUUUCCUAACAAUGGGAUUUUCAUCUGGUGGCCCAAGCACGAUGGAAUACAGCCGACCGCUUUCACCAUCCAGCUUCGGCAUGGUGGGAACAGCAAUUUGACCACCUUUACGAAUCAAAUCAUCGGUACGGUCGACCCGCUAGAUGAUUACAUGUCGCACGACGAGGUAGAACCACUGCUUGGGAAGAUUGAGGCAGAAACCAAGGAAUUGCAAGAUUGGCUAUGGAACGAGAACGACGCAGCAGAGGGGGUAAGUGACGGUAACAAGGGUGCGGAAAAUCUUGCCCAUCAAAGACGACGCCGCCGCCGGCGCCAGAGUCACCGAGAGGGUAGACGCAAUCGGCACGCGUUCGAUCUGUCCAAGGAUCGGAAGCAAAUUUUCGACUCACUGGCCACUAGUGGUGCAAUGGAUGUGGACGUACCGAUUCCAGUGAAUGCGGACCACAUUCGAUCCUCGAAUGUGUCCAGCAUCCAGGCGGCCGUGGCAGCAGCGAAACUUUCGACCGCCGGCCAAGGAAGCCUCGGUGACGAUGCUCAAGCUCGGAAAACGCACCAACAGAUCACGGUGACGCAGGUAAAGGUGGCAGGCAAUGUGACGGGCAUUCUGCUGCCAAACAUCCGUAGCGUGAUGGUGCGUGUGUUGGGUUCGUUGGCGGCAGAUGGUGAACCAGCGGUACAAGACUUGCGGUACGUCGAGUGGAAAGUGAUUGAUACCGAUGCUCCACGGACCGAUGCCGUCAAUAGAUUUCAGGCGAGUCACAUCGAUUCCCGAAGCGUACAGUUUACCUGGAGCCGUUUCGUUGCCACCAAAGCGAUAAAUCGGUGCCUGCAGCUGUGUUACAAAAACGUCAACUACGAUGUGACGAUGCGCGGAGGAUCCAACCGGUUCGACUGUCAGAAGAUCCCAAAGGAUGCGUCGUAUUACAAUGUGAAGGAUUUAGUUCCAGUUACUAUGUAUAAAGCUUUUUUGAAGCCCUGCGAAUCGACCGAAGCACUUAGCGAUAUUCUGGACUUUCAAACAAAGCACGAUGUUCCCGGGCCCGUUACGAAUCACGAGCUUCAUCGCAAGGGCGGCACAAUAAGCAUAACUUGGGGUCCGCCCGAAAACCGUAACGGUGUACUGCAGGGCUAUCUAGUGGAAUGGAUAACGGAGGAUAGUGUGCAGCAUUCGGCGAACCUUUCGGCCGAUGCGAUCAGCUUCACCUUUCCCAACGUAACGUCCGACGAGCGUAUCAAUAUAUCGCUCCGCGCACUAAGCACAUUCGGGCUCGGUAUACCGAUUUAUCUAAAUUUGAAAAAUUACGAGGGGAUUGUAAGUGGCGGCGAUGGGAACGGUGCUGGAAACCCGACCGGAUACAACGACCGUUGGCUCUUCCAGCUCUACUUAAUAGCGAUCGUGUUGAUACUGUUCGUGGUAAUGGGCAUAUUUUGCUACCUGCUGUUGCGACGGAAAGCGUGCAAAAAAGCGAACAGCAGCUCUGGCGCUCCACUUAAUAACCGAGCGCCGGUAACAACCGCUGGCAGCGAUGUUCGGCAUCAUCUUGCGAUCGAUGCGUCCGCGAUGCAGAUGAUGGGUAUGAUAACGGGGUGUAACAACGACAUGCAUGAGAUGCAAACACUCAUCCGCUCCAGCAACAACUAUCCAGCGCGUGCAAAUGGAACAGUAAUGGCCAACGGGCUCGCGAUUAACACGUACGGUCAAACCAUGCCGGAAACGAAUCCGGUCCCGGUAGCGGCACUGAUAACGCGGAAUCGGCCACAGCCCCGAAAAUCGUAUCACGCACCGUCGGCAAACGUACCUCUGAGCGGAACAGGUUCUACGGCUGCCAGUAAAGCGGGCCCGUGUACAGUUAUUACUUCCUACAAAGAGCUGUUGGGUAAGGAACGGCUAGACUGUGUAGGCAGCAGCAGUAGCAGCAGCAGCAGCAGCAGCUGUGGCAAUGCAAGAUUUGCUCCUACUGUUUCCAAUAUACCUCAGCGAUCAUCGACAAAAGUGGGUGGUCAUUACGACGGAACUGAUAAAGGUUCUUCCGGUGCAAACGACGCGGCUGCUACGAGUAGUGACAGUUGCUUGCCGGUCAAUCAGGAGUGUUUAGCAACGAAUGGGCCUGUUGCAACAACCUCAAACAACGGGAGCACCUCAGCAACGCUCACCCGCCGUACAAGUGAACGCAAAUCGUCGCCAACACUUUCAUUCUCGUCCAAACUGCCCUGUGCUGUCCUACCGUUGUCGUCGUCGCCGUCGUCCUCGUGUACAUCCACCCCGUCGUCAUUAUCGCCGGCCUCCUCACAAGGCGUGCUGAAACAGCGCUCUCCAGUAGAAUUCGAUAGUAGCCAACGUAGAUUAUUAGAGACAACCUUAGAUAGUAACACAAGCACCAUUAUUGUAGAAGAAGCGAAGCAACAGCAGUUAGAUAUACCAGCAGCACUCGCACCACCACCACCACCACCACCAACAACAACAACACCCCAACACCCAGUAGAAAUUUAUGAUUACGACUAUGCAACGAACUGUGAUGAUGAAAGGGAAGACGAAAGAGACCAUAGCCGGCAGCUACUGCUCGCGCAGGAAUGCCGGGAGGUGCCUGAACAUACAACGAGUCCGUUGAUGGGACCGAUGCCAACAGAUCAGUCCACUGCGGUGCUCCCUACCUUAAGCGAGCAGGAGAACAAGCUUCACGAGUGUAUCACUCGACGACAGCAGUCGAAAACUCACGAUGAAGUCAAUCAGAACUAUCGCCAUGCUAAUGCGUUCGUGUCGAGCAACGGAGUGGAAUUGGCUUUGGCGAAACACAAACCACAAACCUACAACCUGAAGCGUAAUCAAGGUGAGAAACGGGGCCACGACGACGACGACAACGACGACGACGCCGGCGAUGACGAUGAUGACGAUGAUGAUGAGCUGGAUAAUUCAUCAUCGCUACUGAAUUCAAGCAGCCUCAGUACAAAACCCCUCCACCAGCAAAACCACACCUCCAGCUGGAAUUUUCGACGACCCAUCAUCGGUCCAAACGGCUAGGUUGAACAGUACGCAGCAACGCCAGCAAACCGGGUGCAUAGUAUCCGUAAUGAAGGGGCCGAUAAUAUGGCCGCUUCUUGUGGUGGAAGCAGUUACUUCCGCCGCCUCUCAGGUACAUUCGUUUUAUGUUAUAGUUUUUGAGAGAGCAGUGAUGACACUGCUUUUCCCCCGUACAGACACAUCCCCUCCUAAUGCGACGGUGCGCCAUCACACGGUGAUGCACGAUAUGAUAUGCUGUUGCGCUUCGGCAGAGCAACGACAGCAAUUGAUUGGUGGCAUGAUAACGCGAUAACCCCACCAGCCCGAGCGCGUUGCAUUGUCAGGUGAAUGGGGAGGAAAGGAUUGUGUACGGUACCGCGGGGUGGUAUCGUUCGUCAUCUUAUUAGUAUCAGCAUGCCGCUGGAAAGGUAGUUUAGUAGGAAGUAGGUAGCAGGUAGAACGAAGCAGAGGCUUGAUCGUAAUUUUCGAUUACUACUUUAAGUGAUAUUUUUAAUUUGAUGUUAUAACGAGUCUUCUAUAUCUUGAAUGUGUUUUUUUGUUUGUUUGUUCUGCCUUAAGCGCUACCGCUAUCUUUUAUACAUACAUAGUUUCCUUAAGCUCACCCAACUCAAUAAUGCCCCGCUGCGCGUCGUUGUGGUCGAUUGUGUUUUUAGUUUGUUUCUUUUUUUUUUGCAAAGGUUAACAGUUCCCGCCACGCCGCGCGUGUAUAUGAUUAUCUAUAUGUUUCCUAUGAACGAAACGAUUUGCAUUUAAGCACACCACAUACAAACAGAAAGGUGCAGUAGAAGAACACGGACCCACUGUGCUCUGGGUACGCGGGUGUACAUUUUGUUGUUACAUUACGUUUUACAAGUUACAGUGUUCCCCACUCGUUGACGUACUGUUCCCCCUCCCUAUUUACGUUACACACUGACAGACACAGCAUAUUUAAACUGUUUGCUACUACACUUUUACUACAAGCCAGAAGAGUAAAUAUCUAGUGGAAAGUGAACUCGAAGUAAUCCGCUUCCACCACCAGUGUGAUCUACAGUAUUGUUUAUUUAUGAAAACUCGCAUUUUUGUGCUUUUUUUUAAUCUAUAUUUCUCCAUGACUAUCAGACGUUUGGCUCAUCUUAAGCCAUUUUGAUGCAUGCUCUCUUGCGUUAAUGUACUGUGUACAACAAUGCCGGUAAUACAUAUUCUUCUACACACACACACACCACCACCACCAGCGCCAAUUCCAUUGAACUAAAAUUUCCAUACGAAGUGAAGAAGUACAUAAAGGAAAUGCGGGAAGUGUAGAAUAUAUAUAUAUACUCACAGCAAACUGAAAGUUUUACUUUGUUGCCAAAUAACACUACUACAGCAGCCAUUCGAUGCGCGCUUAGAUUUACAGAAAAGCAGCACCCGCGCCGCUGCAGGGCUAGUUGCAUUCUUCAAUGAAGAACGGUAACUAGUCGCAACUGUAAGAGCAUUCGAACUCCUCGUACGGGAACGGCAGCCGAAACGAUGUAAUCGGGAAGCGCCGGACUAAUUUUAAUGGUCUAAUUUUAUAAUCUUGUGUAAUAAUCUCAUCGUCCCACCAAAGAGCAAACUACUACACACCCUAGCGGUAUGGAAAUAUAUAUAUACAUGUGCGCUAAUCUACAGUCAGAUAUUUAGCUUCAUAUAUAGAUUCACACCUUGUUCGCCCCCCCCCCCCCCCCCCCCGUCUAACGCGCUCUUCCCCAUGUUUCUGUCGCUAUUCACUAAUGUACUUCUUCAUCUUCGCAAACACACCUAUUUUUUACGCUGGGCGGUAUUGAACAACAAAAGAAAACGGGCCUUGGGUGAGCAAAGCAUAUAUUUUACGCGAAAUGUUUAUAUGACGCGCCUGUCCCCCCUCUUUAUUAUAUUUAUUUAUGCUAUAUAUACAUAGCGUACGAGUUACAGUGUCCAACAAAACCUAAUGGUUCUGAUACGUGUGCCGUUACGCUGCUCCAUUUCCGUUUAGGGCUCCCAAUGAUUUGGUUUAAAUGUUCUUCCAAAUUUUAAUUGCAAGUGUAUGAUGAAGAAAGGAAAUGAAAAUAAUAUGGUAUAGAACAGAGUAGAAUCAGUCUUGUAAUAGUUUAAAAAAAUCACAAACACACACACACACACACACACACACACUCAAAAAACAAAUAGCAAAUACACAAAUAGUGAACCAUACACUUCUCCAUCAUUUGGGUGGGGAUAGAAAACGAAAACAAAACGUAUGCCAAUGCAGAACACAAAACGGAGUAGAAAAGAAGAAAACAAAAACAAAACAACAACAACAAAAAAACAGUAAAAUUUGACCGACGAUAUAAUGAAAUAAGAAUAAUCUGGGUACCUGACUUAUCACAUUUAGGGCUUACCCGGGGCUUACUAAUUUACACAACAAUUGCACAAUAGAGAAGAAAAACAAACGAGCUGAUUAACGGCAAACAACGCAAAGAGCAGCAGUUGCUGGAAAAAAUGGAACGAAUCAGGAAGCAUCUUGUACUAGAGUGUUUAUAUGUUCCGAUACGAGAAAAGUGUGUUUUGUUGCUUUUUUUUUAAUUUAAAGUAUGUUUAAAACACAAACAAUGUGAAUGAGAACCUUUUCAAAAGAGAGAGACAAAUUAAGGAUGUGUGCUUUUGUGGAUAGUGAUGCAAAUUCGUCAUCAAUUCUAACACGGCCGAGGACUUACACCACGUGCUUUCGGUUUGUGUCCAAUUUCCAAUAGGAAAAUGUUUUCAAAUUCAAAUUCCAAUCUAAUUUAUUUCGCUCUUCCCUAUUGGAUAAGAAGAUUGCGUUUUGCAUAGGCAUGGCUUAACUGCUUACUGUAUACACUGUACACUGCUAAAAUUCGAACCGUCAAUCCUAUUUCCGUGUGUUGAUGAAAGUAGCAAAAGCAAGAGAGAGAGAGAGAUAGAAGUAAGUAGGGCAGAUGUAAGAAAUCUAAGGAGGCAACAUUUUAUUUCCAUUAAGAAAUGCCUCCUCAACAGGUAGUGUACGACACAAACGUAGGAAAAAGAAGAAGAAGAAAAAGUAGAAGAAGAAGAAGAAGAAGAAGAAGAAGAAGAAGAAGAAGAAGAAGAAGAAGAAGAAGGAGCAAACAAAAACCCUUACCACAUACGUACAUAAUUCCAUCGGCAAAUUGGCUGCACACUUUCCACAAUCCGCUGCAAAGUUACCAUUUUUUAAGUUGUAUUUUUCUGUAUUAUCCGUUAAAAAAAAAAACUGCACCUCCUCCUCUAUCUAUGGAUUAUUGUGCGCGUGUGUGUGUGUUCGCAGGCUCUGUCGCAGGCUCGCGUUACAUACACAAGCUACAAGCUCCUCUACCGUGCGUGAAAUAGUAUUGUGUUAAUCUAUUAUUAUUUAUUUAUUAACGCGUCCUAAAUGGGUGGUAUCCCUCGUGUCGUUGGAGGAAACAGCAAACAAAAACAAAACAAACAAACAAACAAACAAACCUAAAAGCAAUAGAAGGAUUGUGUCUGUUUUGUAGCAGAUGCAUGCCAUAGGAGCAUACUAACAACAUGUACCAAAAACCGAACAAACAAACAAACAAAGUCACAUAUACAUACACACACACACAAACUGCUCACAAACAGGAUAAUACACAGUUAUUUAUUCUCAACCGUGUGGUGUGGGGUCUGCUUUUGUCCAACGUUCUUUCCAUCGGGUUUUCCGCCAAGAAAAGCCGAUAAUCGACAAAGGCAUGAGCCCUCCUUUUACCCCGCUAAUACACACCCCUCCCCCCACAAAUGAUGUUAAACAGAGAACAUAUCUAACAUUCAAAAUUAUGUGUUAACAAACAAGCAAGAAAACGAAACACGCUGUUAAAGAAGGGUAAUGAACGAUUGACGCGCACAUACAACAUGCAAGAUGGGAUAAAAGGGACGUUAAAAAGAAGAGAGAGAAAGAGAGAGAGAGAGAGAGAGAGAGAGA